GGCAGCUUUGCUUGACCGAAUCUGUUGUGUGCAGUGGAGCUUUGUUUAAAUCAGUCUUUUCUUGUCGAAUUGUAAAAUAUACAGAGUUUCAUGCGUAUUUUUUAAUGUGCUAAGACAUGGCUAGUGCUUAUCAGCCUACAACGGAGCACAGAGAAUCGCAGGAGUCUAUCGGGGUUACCUGUAAUCCUGCAAGAUGGAGCGGGCGAAAGAAAAAACAUGAUCUCCCUAAAGUUCAUGUUAGCGAUCCAUCUGGAAGUGAAUCAAAAGAUCAAGGCGAAUCUCACCCAAGGUUGUUUGCCAGCUGUAUGAAGCCACAAAGAACGACCAGUGUAGCUGUGACCCCUUCUGGUUCCAUUGGUUCUUUGGCUUCUCCUGCGAACGAAUACCCCGACGAUACUAAAGGCAGUACGAGCAAAUUAGAGAGAGCCAAAACCAUAAAAAAGAAAAUAUUAAAAAGCACAGAACAGUUUUUUGGGCUCUGCGACGACCAAGAAGAGCAAAGCCAACUAGAACGCAAAUGGACCCAGAGAAAAAGAAGGCAUUAUGGGAAGCGCUAUGGUGGAUUUGCUGAUGUAGUAGAAGACGUGGUUGAUGCCAGUCGACAGAGGCGUCUUCCUAGUGUCGCUAGUGUUCACAGUACAACAAGCUCGCAACAUGAUCCUACCCUUGUUCGUACACGGAGCAGGAGGAAGUCUGUUGCUUCAAUGGCAUGGAAACAGUUAAAGCAUAAAGCUAUAGCGGGUACAUUGGUUGCAGAAGCUUCCAAAGCACCUCCCAUGACUAGUGUCCCUGAAGGUGGCAGAAGUUUUUGUCCAGCUGCUAUUGCCGAGCCUGAUGAAUUUGAUGAAACAGAUGCAGCAAUUGCAACAGUGGAUGUCAGGGGUUCCAAAGAAUUUGAUGAUGAAGUAUUUUUUGACUUCAUUUCUGAGAGGGCAAGACUAGGGAAAAAACUGACACCACUUCCACCUAUUGAUGAAGCUAAAGAUGUUUUUGAAGAACACAAGACAGAAUCAGAUGAAGAAAAAGAGCCUUUGACUCCAAAAGUAGCUCCUGCAGGUGGAGAUGAAGUUGACACUGCUCCUUGGCUAUCAGAGUUGAAGUUUCCAACCGAGGCCACUUCUCCGCCUGCUGUCUUUCUGGGUCCGGUAGGGGCUGCGCCCAAUGUACGAGGUAAACGAAUGGCGGGAAAACCAGAAGUAACCAAUGCUAAUAGACGUCAGUAUGGAAAGGGACUGGUUGGGCGGUGGAUGAAUAGAACUAUUAAGAGGAAAAGACUUUCAAGUACAGUGAGAAAACAGAUAGAAGAUCUCAGCGAUCACAGGCCUUAUUUUACCUACUGGGUAUCCUUUGUACAAUUGGUUGUGCUGAUUGUCACUCUUGCUGUUUAUGGCUUUGCUCCUAUUGGCUUCACUUUCACUGAACGUAAUGAGCUGAUCAGUAAAAGCCGUCAGGGAACCCUUGUACCAGAGUACUUACAAGAAAGGGAUCUGGAUAACUUCUGGAUUGGACCCAAUCAUGCAGCUUUGAUUCAUCUUGGAGCAAAGUUUGCACCAUGCAUGAGACAUGACAAGCUACUGACAGAGGCUCUUGAGCGAGAACGUUAUGAGGAGGUCAAGUCAGGUUGUUGUAUAAAAACAGAUGGCUCUGGCUGCAUCCAGUCUUCUCCUUCUAAUUGUUCCCAUGCGUUCACAAACUUUCAAGUGUAUUCCAAAGGAAACAAGUCGCGGGCAGUGUGUGGACAAGACCCACAGUUGUGUCAAGAUCCUCCAUCAGUCAAACCUUACGAGUGGAAUCUAUGGGACAUCACAAAAUGGCCUAUCUGCAAGAAGACCAACAAGAACGUCAGUGCUGCUGAUUUCCCUCACAUGACCUGCGAAGUGACAGGACGUCCAUGUUGUGUAGGAACACAAGCACAGUGUAUCAUUGUUAGCCGAGAGGAGUGUGAGUUUAGACGAGGAUAUUUUCACGAGAAUGCUACACUCUGCUCUCAGGUGAACUGUCUGAAAACUAUCUGUGGAAUGAUUCCAUUUAUCAAGCCUAAAGUUGCCGAUCAAGUUUAUCGUCUAUGGAUGGCUUUAUUCCUACAUGCAGGUGUUAUCCAUUUAGCCUGCACGUUGGUGUUUAACUUUACAAUAUUACGUGACCUGGAGAAGUUGGCUGGAUGGAUUCGAAUAACCAUCAUAUAUAUCUUCAGUGGGAUUGGUGGCUACCUCAUUAGUGCUAUCCUUAUUCCUUACCAAGUAGAGGUCGGCCCAUCUGGAUCAAUGUUUGGUAUCAUAGCCUGUCUCUUCGUCGAACUCAUUCAAAGCUGGCAGAUAAUCAAGCGACCAUUAUUAGCGCUCUUAAAACUAUGUGCAGUUGUUCUCCUACUUCUUCUGGUCGGUCUUCUACCUUACGUCGAUAACUUUGCGCACAUGGCUGGUUUUGUCUUUGGGUUCUUCCUUGCCUUCAUCUUCCUGCCUUACAUAACAUUUGGAGAAUGGGACAAGCGUAGGAAGAGGAUACAGAUCCUGAUCGCGUUCGCAAUUGUGAUUAUUCUUUACAUCGUAGGUUUUAUUAUUUUCCUGAAUACCCAGACGGCCACAUGUGUGGGUUGUGAGUACUUGAACUGUCUUCCUUUUACCGUCGAUUUUUGUCAACCGUUCACCUUGGGACAGAAGUUGCAACCAAGAUAGGGGCCAGGAUCAAUCUUUAAUACGUCUUUGAUCGUCACAUCCCAGUGUCUUUUGAGAAUUAAAAAAUGGAUCUGAAUUUAGGAAAAGAGGCUUCACGCUAUGGCCUUUAGAGGCUAAAGUCCUUUGGGGAGAAUUUAAUUUUCCUUGUACUUUAAAUAAUAGCUGACAAUACAAGGUGUAAUCGCCUCUGCACUUUAAGCACAUCAGUUUUAAAUUCUAAAUUCAUUUGUUCCUCCUGUAGAACAGGAGGACGGAGAGACCUGAAUUUGCAAUAUUUAGGAUCACUUUUUCCAUUUAUUAUUUCUUAAAUCAUGUAGGCCAGACGAACUUUGUCUUGUAAUUUACCAUUCUCCUAGGAUCAGAGUUCAUAAUGUUGCUUUUCAUUUUUCGCUAAAAAAAAAUACACCUAAAUCCAAAAUGGUGCACGGCCGGUUGAAAACGAGACAUCCGGAGCCAAAUUUACCAUUUUACAGUAUUUUCUGAUAAAUUGAUGCUGCAAAAUUUUCGCUAUUCUGAAUGUAAGAAGAAAAGAAAGACAGAACAAGUGAACAAGAGUAUACUUUGCAUUGACACCAUAUUAUUUCUUUGCAUUUGGCCCUGGAUGCCUUUCAUGUAACACUGACUCGGCCUUGCGCCAUUUUGGAAUUUGGUGUAUAGGUUAAAACUGUUCAGUGGAAUAGCAAGAUGAGACCCAAAAUCAACCCCAAACACGGAAUGGGAAAUAUCCCAUUCGUCGCAGCCAGAGGGUAAGGUUAGUCUAAGAUGCUUGCAUGCCUACCAGACAUUUAACUGGUUCUUUGACUUUGAAGUCAUUAUUUAUAUGAGAUGCAGGAAUAUUUUGAGUAUAAAGUCAAUAUGAGCCAAGAAAAAAAAAAACAAUCAUGCAUCCUAAUCAUUGCUUUCAAAAUGCUUAGUAGACCAAUAGUAAGGUGUAGUUUGACAGAUCUUUAUCCUAAUUUUAUAGUGUUUUUCUUUUCAGUGUAGUUGUAGGUGUACUGUGAUCGAUGAAUUCUGGUUUUUACUAUGUGGACUCUGCCAAGCAUCCAAAGAGAAAAUAGAAAAAAAUAAUCUGAUAUGAAGUUUUACCCUUUCCUCCCCUUUCUCAUUCUCCUCUUUCUCCACUUUAUCUCCUUUCUCCCUUUCUACUCUAUCCUUUUCUCCCCUUUUUUCCUUUUUUCCUUUCUCCCUUUUCUCCUCUUUCUCCCCUUUAUCUCCUUUCUCCCUUUCUCCUCUAUCAUUUUCUCCCUUUUCUCCCUUUUCUCCUUUUUCUCAUCUUCUCUUUCUCCCCUUUUCUCCCCUUUCUCAACUCUCCUCACAUCCAUUAAACCUUUCUGGUCUCCUACUCUGGUCAGGAGUACCAUCCCCUAUGAAUAAGCAGUAUUGACCAGAAAUUAAAAUUUAACACAAAAUGCUUUGUAGAAUAAGCUAAAAUUGCAAAAGGUUUAUACCUGAGUGUGUGACCAUCAGAAUGUUUAUUUAUGUAGUAUUAAAAUAGAAAAAAAAUUAAAACUGCAUAUAUUUUCA